AUGGAUGUUAAACCGUUAAUUGACAGUGCAAUUAAACAAGGCCUUACUGGUACUCAAAUUGAUGAAUUUGUACAGAAACAGUUAAAGCUUCAGAUAGAAUAUGACGAGGUCCGAAAGAAAGCAGACGAAGAAAGAGAAGAAAGAGUCGCAAAGCAUCAUAAUCCCAUUGUUGAUCCCUUAAGGUCUUCUUUGCCUAAAAUUCCACCAUUUGACGAGACCGUAGACGAAAUAGACUUGUACAUAGAUCGCUUUGAGAGAUUAGCGAAAUUUUACAAAUGGAAAGAAGAAAAUUAUUCAAUGUUAUUGGGAACUCUAUUGCGUGGUAGAGCUUUGAAAGUUUAUUGUAGCUUGUCCAGCGAUAUUGUCAAUAAUUUUGUUGCACUUAAGAAAGCUCUGCUUAAAGCUUUUCACAUUAAUUCUAAUGUAUAUCGAAGGAAGUUUAGAGAUUCUAUUAUUGAUACUGACGAAAGUUUUGUACAGUUCAAUUGUAAAUUGGGACAAUAUUUUGAUAAGUGGUUGGAACUAGCAAAUGUAGAGAAAAAUUAUGAAUCUGUUAGAGAUUUUAUGAUUUUUGAUCAAAUGUUAUCUAGUUGUUCUAAUGAUCUUCGUUCAUUUUUGCUAGAACAGUCAUUUCAGAAUUCGUGUCAACUUGCUGAGAGUGCAGAUAGAUAUCUAGUUGCUCAUGGUAUGAAGAAAUGCCGUAAGAGUAAUGAUAAAAUUCACUCUAAACCUCAUGCUAAACCUCUUGCUGAUAAAAAUUCAAUUUCUCCUAAAGUUUCGAAUUCGGUAACUACAUCUGAUUCUAAUGUUAAAUGUCAUCAUUGUGGUGAAGUUGGUCAUAUUCGUCCUAAUUGCUCUGUGUACAAAUUAAAUAAGAAAUCUGAUAAAGUAGUGCCUAAAAUAGGUGUAGUACUUGGCCGUGAAGAAAAAUUGCAUAAUUGUGUAACUGAUACCGAUGGAAAGAUUUUUGAUCAGUCAGUUGAGAUAGUUUUUGAUACUGGGUGCAAUACCGUGGUUGUUAGAGAUACAUUAGUACCUUUAAAUUACCCUCGUGGCAGGAAAGUGAAAGUUUAUGACUAUCUUGGUAGACCUUUGUACCUAAAUACAGUGCAUACAAUUGUUGAGUCUAAAUUCUUUUCUGGUGAAGUUAAAGCUAUUGUUGCCCCCAUACGUUGCGCAGAUGUCAUUAUUGGUCUUAUACCUGGACUUAAACAUAAUGUUGAUGCAGGUUUAAGUUUAAUUAACGGUGAUGAGUUUGCUUCUGAUCGUAACGUUAACGUUAAUGUUGUAACGAGAGAAAAAACUAAGUGUAAAGUAAAUGAACGUCCUAUGUCUAGUAAUCUUGAAUCUUUGGAUAAGGAAUAUGGUCUUAAUUCUGAUGAAUUUAGGAAGUAUCAAAAUGAAUGUCCUUCACUUGCUAGUAUUCGUAAGUUGCUUGAUAACGAAGAAAGUGUAACCUUAAAAUGUCGGACAAUAAAGUACGUAAAUAUUGGAGGUUUAAUAUAUCGUAAGUGCAUUGAAAGUAGUAAACCUGAAGAUGUGGGAAAAUUACAGUUAGUUGUGCCAGUUCAGUACCGUAAUAUAAUCAUGAAGUUAGCACAUGAAUCUUUAUUGGCGGGACACUUUUCAUCUCGUAAGACUAUAGAUAAGAUCAUGCAGAAAUUCUAUUGGCCGAGGGCAAGCUUAGAUAUACAUAGAUUCUGUAAAUCUUGUCAUUCGUGUCAAAAGUUCAGCAGUAAACCAAAGAAAGUACCUUUAGUGCCAAUGCCCAUUGUGAAUGAACCUUUUUCACGUAUUGUUAUUGAUCUAAUUGGUCCUAUCACUCCUUCUACUAAGAAAGGUCAUAAGUAUAUCUUACGGUGA